AUGGCGCCGCUCUCCGACGCACCCUCCCGAACAACCAGUGAAGACGCACUCUCAAACCUGGAACUGAUGGCGGAGACACAAAGAGCAGGCAAGCCUAAGGCACAGGGCAGCCCCCCAGUCACUGAAGAUCGACUGAAAGCCCUUGAUGAUCUACGCCGACAUAUCGCGGCAGACAUCAACUCAUUCAAAGAGGAAAUCACACGGGGUGUCAGUGAAACUGCAUGA